AUGCAUCCAAUCACACCGCGCCUGCUCUCUCGGGCUUCCACCCGCGCUUUCUCUUCGCGAUCUGUUGUUUCCAAGUUCCAGCAGCGAUUCCCGGCGCGUCGUGCUUACUCUACCGAACCCCCGAAGAAGCCCUCCGGUGUCAAGUUCUGGCCCUUCCUUGCCGUCGUCGCCGUCGGAUCCGGUGCUUACAAGCUUCUUGUUGACCAGAGAGCCGAUAUGGCAUCCCUCCCAGCCCCCGAAGCUUCCAAGCAGCUCCCCUCCCCUACGAAAUCCACCCCGACCUUCUCCCCCGAUGAAGUCACCGUCCUCUUUGUCCUCGGCGGCCCCGGCGCCGGCAAGGGCACGCAAUGCGCCAAGCUCGUCUCCGACUACGGCUUCACCCACCUCUCGGCCGGUGACCUACUGCGCGCCGAGCAGGACCGCCCCGGCUCCCAGUUCGGCCAGCUGAUCAAGGACUACAUCAAGGACGGCCUGAUCGUGCCCAUGGAGGUCACGGUCCAGCUGCUCGAGAACGCCAUGACGGCCACCAUCAAGGAGUCCGGCAACAAGCGUUUCCUGAUCGACGGCUUCCCGCGCAAGAUGGACCAGGCCGUCAAGUUCGAGGAGACGGUGUGCCCGGCCAAGCUGGUCCUCUUCUACGACUGCCCCGAGGCCGUCAUGGAAAGCCGCCUGCUGGAGCGCGGCAAGACGAGCGGCCGCGCCGACGACAAUGCCGAGAGCAUUCGCAAGCGUUUCCGCACCUUUGUCGAGACUUCGAUGCCGGUCGUCGAUUACUUCGAGAAGGAGGGCCGUGUCGUCAAGCUCGAUGCCACGCCGUCGCCGACGGAUGUGUACGCCAAGACCCGCUCUGAGCUCUCCAAGAGACUCGGAUUCUGA